AGUGACAUCAUAAAUGGGGAAAAGGCCCCAGAGAACUCAAUGCAGUAUGUGGUCUCAGUGCAGAACAUUUAUGGCCAUAUAUGUGGAGGUUUUCUUGUCACUGAAGACUUUGUGGUAACUGCUGCACACUGUGACAUUGAAAAGCCCACACAUGUUGUCCUUGGCAGCCACAAUAUCAAGAAGGGUUAUCAAAUAAAUAUUGAAAAAAAAUUUAAGCCCCGCUCUUACUCUAACGUUUGGUUGGGAAAUGACAUCAUGCUCCUUAAACUGUCUAGGAAAGCUCAGCUAGGAUGCAAAGUACAAAUAAUUCAACUUCCAUGUGCUGAAAUGAACGUAAAAGCAGCUGAAGUGUGCCAGGUGGCUGGUUGGGGAAGAAAUAGAACUGGUGGUGAAAAUGUCGAUGACCUGAGAGUGGUGAGCGUGUCCGUCAUUAACCAAUAUGUAUGUAGGGAACAAUGGCCCGGUCUUCCUGCCAAUGUUAUCUGUGCAGGUGGAUACGGCACAGACAAAGGAUUCUGUCAGGGUGAUUCUGGUGGUCCUCUGGUGUGCAACGGGUUAGUUGUUGGUCUUGCUUCUUUCAACAAAAAUUACAACUGUGCUUAUCCUGAUGUACCCAAUAUCUACACAGACAUCUCCAAACACCUUAAGUGGAUCAAUGGGAUUCUGCUAACUGCAACAUCUUCCUAA